AUGCAUCUCCCCGUCCGUGUCCACAUGUCUUCCAACAGAGACAGCCUCCUCUCCGCUGACUCGGCCUACCCCUCCACCCUCUUCCCCCUCUCCAUGUCUGCCCUCGGCCUCACAGACUCCCCCCUUCCCCAGCGACACCGCAAGUCCCCCUUCGUCGGCUCUUCUCCCUCGUCCUCUCCCACCCCCCAGAAGCCGGUCCGCGCCACCCCCUCCAAAGCCUCUCUCCGCCAGGAGGCAACCACCAAUGCCGCUGCCAAAGUCGUCCACCAGCAGCGCUCGGCCGAGUCGGUGCGUAGCUCUCAUCAGCGACGGACCUCGCAAUCCGGCACGAAGGAAAACCAAACUGCCAAAGCCGUUGGUGCCACCAAGAACACUCCAACCAAAGCGGCUCCUAGAGCCUCUGCCCCGCAAGCCGCCCGAACUUCAACCCUUCAGGUCGUCCAGCCCGAUCAGCGCGUCACGUCUCGUCCGUCAAGGACGCCGAAAGAGGCCCCUCUUGCUGAUGACUGGGAGGAGCAACUCACUCGAGAUGCCAACAAGCUUUCUUUGGGGACAACCCCUCAGGCGCGGGCACGUGAAGAGCCUCACCAACUUCCUGAAGGGGACAAGGAGUGGGAGCGACUGGGACAAGCCAUGUCUGAUAGCAGGAAGAAGGAAGACCAAUCCAGGCGCGAGAUCUCUCGAGCAGUCGCGUUGCCCCCGUCUACCCCUCGAACGCCUAUCCGUGCUGUUGUCAAUGGCCCCGACCUCUACUCUCCAGCUCCUUUUUUCUCUCCCAACGCGGCCAACUCUGACCUGCAGACAUCGAGCCCCCACGUCGCCAGACAUGGUGCCGAGCUUCUCCAGAAGGCUCAGAAAGAGUACGAGGAGUGGAAUGCGAGAAAAGAAGAACGAGAGGGGGGCAUGGAGGCUGGGUCGCGAGACUGGGAACCGAAGACUCGAGAGAUUGCAAGACCCAGUGCCCUCUCCCCGUACAACACUCUGACGUUUUCGCCGGACGAGGAGGCGCGCAAUUUCGAACAGUACCACCCAGGCAAGUCGAGUAGCUCGCGACCCUCUCCAACCAAAGCUACGCAGCGCCAGGAUAUGCCUAGCCCCCGCCCUGACGACAUGGUGGACGUCACGCAGGCUCAAGGUAUGGCGGCGGAUCAGUACAUGCAGCAGUAUCCGGGAGCGAAUGACCCGUAUGCUUAUCCAUAUUGGGACCCUUCAUACUGGUGGGCCAUGUACGGAGGAAUGGAUCCUAUGGGCAUGGGCGCGGAGAAUAUGCAAAGCGGCCAUUACUCGGGUGGUCUCAACGGUCAAGCAGGCGGCAGCUCCGAGCUCGAGGAACAGCAGGCAUUUGAUCUAUCGAGCAUGAUGUACAAUCCCUAUCAGUGGGGAGGUGGUAUGGGAGGCGGCAUGAUGGGCCACGGCCAGAAUGGGUAUCCCGGAGGCCAGAGCAUGUACGGGCAGCAGUCAAUGAUGGACGGCAAUCGCUCUAUGGGGAUGGGUUCUCCCUCCGCGAUGGGUUCCGGACAGACCCAAGCAGGCGGUGGCGGGGACCUCAAAGCUUUCGACCCUACCAAAAUGAAGCAAGGUCGACUGGGUCAUUAUGGAUAUCUUGAAGGUCGAGAAGAGUUGGCAGGACCUCCUCCUGGAUAUGCACCGGCCGGUAUCGCUCCAGCUUCUUCUCCUGGUCCAGCUACAGCAACAUCUCACCGCGGCGGCAGUACAGUCGGACCGCCCUCUUCAGCUGGUUACGGCGCAGGAUCGUCUUGGGGCGACUCGUCCAACAAUCCACGUGCGCGUUACGACGGAGCUGCUCAUGGUAUCGGCUACGUCCAAGCCGACCUCGAUUCGCCGUAUCCACGCGCUCCAAGCGGGCUUGGAACGAACGCCUACUCGCGUUAUGGUGCGGAUGGGUCGGUGAUGAAUGGAGAUGCUCGUGUGAGCCAGCGAAGGAUCCGGGAGGGAAGGGUGUGA